AUGCCGUGCAAGUAACCAUGGGCCUAUACGUUGCCCGGAAUGGCGGAUUUUGUGGCGCGUCGAGUGCAGCAGAAGGAGCGUGGCCUGAAGGCACCUUUCGACUCCUCGAGCGAAAGAAUCACGAUGACGGGGCCACGAAAGACGACGGGGCCACGAAAGACGACGGGACCUGGGCCCACGGAAUACCAGCCCCCGAACACCUCCAUGAAGCGCAUCCUUCCUGCCAUCAUCUCUGCAUUCAAAGACAAACCUAGAUCGGUCAAGCCUAAAGACGUUCCACCUCCGAAUGCCUACGACGUAACACCCUCCUACAGAGCCCUUAAGAACCAGAAAAGUUUCCAUGUUUCUCGAAAAGCAGAGCCCCUUGAUGGAUUUCUGAAUACUGAAGAGAGGUUCAACAAAUUUGGGGAGGGUAUAGCUCAUGACGAAUCUAUUCCCGGUAAGUUGACUGCUUUGCUAAGUCCAGGAGCCUACUGCAUCAGACGCGAUCCCCGGCCCAAACCGGGGUCAAUUGUGCGGACGGAAGAGAGGUUCAAGUCCAUGGAUAACUCUCUACCAGGACCUGCAGAUUAUAAAGUGAGUCCAAAUGUUCCAUCUCUUCUGUUGAGCUUAAUUUCCAUUGGCUUAAACCAGCUCACUGUCCCGGAGUUUUGCGGCCGUCAUUUCUGUGACACAACAAAUUAA